AGGAAGCGCUCCAAUAUGGCGACAACCGCAGUUUCUCCUGCAUCCUUUCAACAUCUGCAGUACAGCAACGCCUUUCGGGAUUUGUGUUAAUGCACAAAAUCUUGUGGCCUCUUCUGGACACGUGAUUCCCAUUCAUUAUUGAUUCAUUCCUGCUGACGUGGCUGAAAUUGUCAUUGGAAUAAAGAAAUAACCCCCUCCCCCCAAUCGAUGGUUUAUUGAUCUGAAAAGGAUUUGCAAAGGAAUGUCCAGUGUCUUACCAUGAAAUAAAACAAAAUUCAGAAGACAGAAUUGUCCGACCUGGAGGCUACAUAAUUGAAGACGUUGUUGCAGGAUGAAAAUAUGGCAGCGCAUAUGCUUGCACCGCCAGGCCCUGACAGUUUUCGUCUUUUCACCCGUGAGUCUUUGGCUAUCAUUGAGCAGCGGAUUGCUGAGGAGAAGAACAAAAAACCUAGCAAGCAAGAUAGCAGCCACCGAGAUGACGAUGAUCAAAAUAAGCUUAAACCAAACAGCGACCUUGAAGCAGGCAGAAGUUUGCCAUUUAUUUAUGGCGACCCCCCUUCUAAAUGCAUUGCUGAACCAUUGGAGGACUUGGACCCUUUUUAUAUAAAUCAGAAAACCUUUAUAGUACUAAACAGAGGAAAAGCUAUCUUCCGCUUUAGUGCCACACCUGCCAUGUACAUUUUAGGCCCUUUGAAUCCAGUGAGGAGAUUCGCUAUUAAAAUUUUGAUACAUUCAGUGUUCAGCAUGAUUAUUAUGGCCACUAUUUUGACCAACUGUGUAUUCAUGACUUUUAGUAAACCCCCAGACUGGUCUAAGCAAGUGGAGUACACAUUUACCGGCAUUUAUACAUUUGAAUCUCUUGUAAAAAUGAUUGCAAGGGGAUUCUGCAUAGAUAGCUUUACAUUUCUACGAGAUCCAUGGAAUUGGCUGGAUUUCAGUGUAAUAAUGAUGGCAUAUGUGACAGAGUUUGUGGACCUUGGCAAUGUCUCAGCGUUGAGAACAUUCAGAGUUCUCCGAGCUUUGAAAACUAUUUCAGUCAUUCCAGGUUUGAAGACCAUUGUUGGUGCUCUAAUCCAGUCUGUAAAGAAACUUUCCGAUGUAAUGAUUUUGACUGUAUUUUGCCUAAGUGUUUUUGCCCUUAUUGGACUCCAGUUGUUCAUGGGCAACUUAAGGCAAAAAUGUGUCAUUUGGCCACCCAAUCCAGCAUAUCUUAAUGCCACAGAUGAAAAUGGAACAAGACUGUUUGACUUUAAUGAGUACAUUAUGAAUGACACAAAUUUCUACAAGCUGGCAGGACUUGCUGAUGCUUUGCUCUGUGGAAAUGGCUCAGAUGCUGGUCAAUGUCCUGAAGGAUACAUGUGCAUGAAGGCAGGAAGAAAUCCUAACUAUGGGUACACCAGCUUCGAUACAUUCGGCUGGGCUUUUCUGGCCUUGUUUCGACUCAUGACCCAAGACUACUGGGAAAAUUUGUACCAGUUGACAUUAAGAGCAGCAGGGAAGACGUAUAUGAUCUUUUUUGUUCUUGUCAUCUUCGUGGGUUCCUUUUACUUGGUGAAUCUGAUUCUGGCUGUGGUAGCCAUGGCCUAUGAAGAACAGAACCAGGCUACUCUGGAAGAAGCUGAGCAGAAAGAGCAGGAGUUCAAACAGAUGCUGGAGCAGUUGAAGAAACAACAAGAGGAUGCUUUGAUGGCUGCUGCUGCAACAGCUACUUCUGCGGGGACAGUUUCGGAAGAUGCACUGGAUGAAGAGGAAGAGGGGAGAAUGUCACAAAGUUCAUCAGAGUUGUCAAAGCUCAGCUCAAAGAGUGCAAAGGAAAGAAGAAACCGGCGGAGGAAACGGAAGCAGACGAGAGGCCAUUCGGAGGGGGAAGAAAAAGGAGACCAUGAAAAGAUUUUAAAAUCAGAAUCUGAUAAUGGAAUCAGUAAAAGGGCCAGGCAUGGGAUGAAAUACCCAAUGAAUCAGUCUCAACUGAGCAUCUUGGGAUCCCCAAACCUAACUAGGUUUGACAGCAAAAGCAGCAUUUUCAGUAUAAGAGAUCGGAAAGAGCCCAGCUCAGAAACUGAAUUUGCUGAUGAUGAACACAGCACAGUGGAAGAAACGGAUGGCAAUCGGAAGAAUUCUUUGUUCGUUCCGAACAAGGAGCCCAACAGGAGGAACAGCUAUGGCGGCUACAGUCAACCCAGCAAAUCAUCCAAAAUGUUUCCAGUACUCCCAGUCAAUCCGAAAAGGAACAGCACAGUGGACUGCAAUGGUGUGGUCUCACUUAUCGGUGGCCCAGGAGCUACCCUACCUGGUGGACGUCUACUGCCUGAGGUGAUAAUAGAUAAGGCAGCUACUGAUGACAGUCCUACCACUGAAAUAGAAAGCAAAAAGAAACUUUCUGGCUCCCUCCUGGUUUCCAUGGACCAGUUGAAUGCAUCUUUUGGGAGGAAAGAUAGAGCGAAUAGUGUUUUAAGUGUUUUGACUAACACACUGGAAGAACUUGAAGAGUCUCAAAGAAAAUGCCCACCCUGCUGGUAUAAAUUUGCCAAUAUGUUUCUGAUUUGGGAGUGCUGUCCGUUGUGGGUGAAGCUGAAAGAGUACAUGCACCUGUUUGUAUUCGAUCCAUUUGUGGACUUGGCUAUUACCAUCUGUAUUGGACUCAACACCCUCUUCAUGGCAAUGGAGCAUUACCCAAUGACGCCCCACUUUGAACGUGUUUUGGCUGUGGGAAACCUGGUCUUCACUGCAAUCUUCACGGCUGAGAUGGUGAUGAAGUUGAUAGCAAUGGAUCCAUACUACUAUUUUCAGGAAGGAUGGAACAUUUUUGAUGGAUUUAUUGUGUCCCUCAGUUUGAUGGAGCUAGGUCUGGCAAAUGUUGAAGGAUUGUCUGUACUCAGGUCCUUUCGAUUGUUGCGAGUUUUCAAACUGGCAAAAUCCUGGCCAACGCUAAAUAUGUUGAUCAAGAUCAUAGGCAACUCUGUGGGUGCCUUGGGGAACUUGACAUUGGUUUUGGCGAUCAUCGUCUUCAUCUUUGCCGUUGUGGGCAUGCAGUUGUUCGGUAAAAGUUACAAGGACUGCGUCUGUAAGAUCAAUGAAGAUUGCAUUCUGCCCCGAUGGCACAUGAAUGACUUCUUCCACUCUUUCUUGAUUGUUUUUCGUGUGCUGUGUGGGGAAUGGAUUGAGACGAUGUGGGACUGCAUGGAAGUGGCAGGCCAGACGAUGUGUCUCAUUGUGUUCAUGAUGGUCAUGGUUAUUGGUAAUCUCGUGGUGCUGAACUUGUUCUUGGCCUUGCUACUGAGUUCUUUCAGCGCUGAUAAUCUGGCAGCAACUGAUGAUGACGGGGAGAUCAACAACCUUCAGUUGUCUGUGAUCAGGAUCAAAAAGGGAAUUGCCUUUAUGAAAGUGUAUGGGCACGAGUUUGUUCAAAAACAUUUCAAGAGCAAAGACGCAGAUGAAGCAAAGCCACUGGAUGAGCUCAUAGACAAAAAGGUGAACUACAUAGGCAACCAUACCGGUGCUGACAUAAACCGAGAAAUGGACUACCAAAAGAAUGGCAAUGGGACCACGAGUGGCAUUGGGAGCAGUGUGGAAAAAUAUAUAAUUGAUGAUGACCACAAUUCCUUCAUUCACAACCCAAAUCUUACGGUCAGAGUUCCAAUAGCUGUUGGUGAAUCAGAUUUUGAAAACCUGAAUACUGAAGACUUCAGCAGUGAAUCUGAAGUUGGUGGAAGCAAAGAGAAACUGGAUGACACCAGCUCAUCGGAAGGAAGCACAAUCGAUAUAAAGCCUGAGGGAGAAGAGGGUCCACCAGUGGAACAACCUGAAGAAUACUUGGACCCUGAAGCCUGCUUCACUGAUGGUUGUGUGGAACGGUUUAAAUGUUGUCAGGUUAGCAUCGAAGAAGGCUGGGGCAAACCAUGGUGGACACUGCGAAAGACCUGCUUUUUGAUAGUGGAGCACAACUGGUUUGAAACCUUCAUCGUGUUCAUGAUUCUGCUCAGUAGUGGAGCACUGGCUUUUGAAGAUAUUUACAUUGAACAAAGAAAGACGAUCCGUACCAUCCUUGAGUAUGCUGACAAGAUCUUCACGUAUAUCUUCAUCCUUGAGAUGUUGUUAAAAUGGGUGGCCUAUGGAUUUCAAAAGUACUUCACAAAUGCGUGGUGCUGGCUGGACUUCCUGAUAGUGGAUGUUUCCUUAGUCAGCCUCGUAGCUAAUGCCCUGGGCUACUCCGAACUAGGUGCCAUUAAGUCUCUUAGGACAUUAAGAGCUUUGAGACCUCUAAGAGCCUUGUCACGAUUUGAAGGGAUGAGGGUUGUCGUCAAUGCCUUGGUGGGUGCCAUCCCUUCCAUUAUGAAUGUACUGCUGGUCUGUCUCAUCUUCUGGCUCAUUUUCAGCAUAAUGGGAGUGAACCUUUUUGCUGGAAAGUAUUAUUUCUGUUUUAAUGAAACAUCCGAACAUAGGUUUCUCCCCAAGGAAAUAAACAACAAGACUGACUGUGAGGCUUUGAUGGAAUCGAGUAAUGGUGACGUUCGUUGGAAGAAUGUGAAGAUCAACUUUGAUAAUGUGGGAGCUGGUUAUCUGGCUUUGUUGCAAGUGGCUACUUUCAAAGGUUGGAUGGAUAUUAUGUAUGCUGCUGUUGAUUCGCGAAAGGUUGAAGAACAGCCAUUCUAUGAGGACAACAUCUACAUGUACAUAUAUUUUGUGAUCUUCAUCAUCUUUGGAUCGUUCUUCACAUUGAACCUCUUUAUUGGUGUCAUCAUUGACAACUUCAACCAACAGAAGAAAAAGUUUGGAGGUCAGGAUAUCUUUAUGACAGAAGAACAAAAGAAAUAUUACAAUGCAAUGAAAAAGCUGGGGUCCAAGAAGCCUCAGAAGCCCAUUCCAAGGCCAUUGAACAUAAUCCAAGGUGGAGUCUAUGACUUUGUCACUCAACAGGUUUUUGACAUUGUCAUCAUGAUUCUAAUCUGCCUCAACAUGGUAACAAUGAUGGUGGAAACAGAUGAUCAAAGCAAAGAGAGUGAAACUAUUCUGUACUGGAUCAACUUUAUCUUCAUUAUUUUCUUCACAAGUGAAUGUGUACUUAAACUCUUUGCACUGAGGCAUUACUAUUUCACAAUUGGGUGGAAUAUAUUUGACUUUGUGGUUGUGAUCCUUUCCAUUGUGGGAAUGUUCCUGGCUGAUCUAAUUGAAAAGUACUUUGUGUCACCAACACUAUUCAGAGUAAUUCGAUUGGCUCGAAUUGGUCGUAUUUUGCGUCUGAUCAAAGGAGCCAAAGGAAUCCGAACGCUAUUGUUUGCCUUAAUGAUGUCUUUGCCGGCCUUGUUCAACAUUGGCCUUCUGUUGUUUUUGGUCAUGUUCAUCUUUUCCAUAUUUGGAAUGUCUAAUUUUGCGUACGUCAAGAAAGAAGCUGGUAUCGAUGAUAUGUUUAACUUUGAAACAUUUGGCAACAGCAUGAUCUGCUUGUUCCAGGUCACUACAUCUGCUGGCUGGGAUGGUUUACUCUUGCCAAUCUUAAACAGACCACCAGAUUGUGACAUUGAAAAGGAGAACCCAGGCACUGCUGUUAAAGGAGACUGUGGCAAUCCGUCUGUGGGAAUAUUUUUCUUUGUCAGUUACAUCAUCAUAUCAUUUUUGAUUGUUGUGAACAUGUACAUUGCCAUUAUUCUGGAGAACUUCAGCGUGGCUACAGAGGAGAGCGCUGAACCAUUAAGUGAGGAUGACUUUGAGACAUUCUAUGAAAUCUGGGAGAAGUUUGACCCUGAUGCCACACAGUUCAUUGAGUACAACAAGUUAUCUGACUUUGCUGAUACUUUGGAAGCACCCCUUAGAGUUCCUAAACCCAAUCACAUAGAACUCAUUGCCAUGGACUUGCCCAUGGUGAGCGGAGAUAGGAUUCAUUGUUUGGAUAUCUUGUUUGCAUUUACCAAGCGCGUGCUGGGUGAGAGCGGAGAAAUGGAUGUUCUUCGGCAACAGAUGGAGGAGAGGUUUGUGGCGUCGAAUCCCUCCAAGGUAUCCUACGAGCCAAUCACGACCACGCUUCGACGCAAGCACGAAGAAGUUUGCGCCAUCAUUAUUCAGCGGGCUUAUAGGGCACAUUUGGCGAGGCGAAAGAUCACCACCAAAGGAAGACUUCCAUAUACUAAAUCAGGAGGGCAUGCAAAUGAGAAUGGUAACACCAAUCAAGAAAAAAAGGAAGGAACUCCUUCCACUGCAUCACUGCCAUCGUACGACAGUGUAACUAAGCCUGAGAAACAAGAGAAGGAUCGAAAAGGCAAUGAUAAAGGCAGAAACAACCAAAAAGACAUCAGGGAAUCUAAGUUGUGAAAAAAAUUCCAUUUGAAAGCAAAUGUUGUUUACAGACUUAAAGUAUAUAGAUAUAUAUAAAUAUAUAUAUAUAUCAAUGCAGAACAGUGACCCAAUUUCUAGAACAAAAAGAACUCUCAGCUAGAGAUCUAUACCAAACAUAAUCUGCUUACAAUAUACAGUUGUUGCCUAGACGGCAGUGACCUUCCCCUCUCAUGACACUAGGACCCUGUACAGCAAAGGGGAUUCAAUAAACUCCAACAGGUGGUUACUGCAUCUACUAUAUUUUGGCAGUCACUGCAACAAAGGACAAACUAUGGCUGCUAGGAUCAGUACAUUGCCAAGGGGGUCAGACAGAGAUUUUAUUUUCUCAUUUUAGUUCACUCGUUCAGACAAAAAAAAAACAAUACCAAGGUUUGUUUGACCAUGCAAAAUUAUGGUUGCCUCCUUCCAUGAUCUGUUCAGCAAAUGUAACAUUUAGCCCAUGCCUUUAUUUUUAGUCAUGGUUUCUUUCUUAUAUCUGCAUAUUUUUCUACAUGGGCUUCAUGUUGUUUGGGGAUAAGGGGAGGUACGUGGGUUUUAUUUUCGGACUGAGGGGGACUUGCUCAGACCGAUUCCAAAAAAAUUGUGCUCGUUCAAUGCAUAGAAAUGAUUUGCAUGAUAGCAUGCUGUGAUCAGAAAUCAUGCAUGUAGAGUCAUAGGCCACAGACACAAGUACUUUGUCCACCCAGUGGUUUUGUCUUAUGGCUGAGGCAUUCCACUGAAAAACAUACACUAUAUUGGGGGACAGCCUAAUAUCGUGCCCUUCAAGUAUUUACAAACUCUUUAAUGAAUCAUUCAUCCAACCUCAGUAGAAGUAACAAAAAAGGGGGGUUGUGUGUAUGUUUAAUAGCUAAUGUUCUGAACAUACAGCCAUUGUUGCACAUAAAUUGCUGCUCUGUAUCCUCCUCAAAGGGGAAAAUUAAAAUACAAGAAUGGCUUGUUGUAUUUAAAUUUCAAUGUAAACCAAAACUAGGGCUUUAAAGAUCGUUCAUUUGUAUCUUGCAGUAUUGAUUAAUCACCUUCAUAUUGCAGAGUAGACAUUUUAUACGGAGGUAAGGAAUGCUGUGUACAUGGCAAUUUAUCUCUGUGGUGCAAUUUUUGGGUACUGGAUAACAGAGUAUACGCAGCACCAAGAUGUGUAUUAAUCCAAGUUGAUACAGUUUUUGAAUUUCCAAUAUCAUUUAAAAAGAAAACAAACAUUUACAUCUUCAUCAGUGAUGGUUUGCAGUUGGCACUUUGAUGCAUGUUUUUCUUGCUUCUGUAGUCACAUAUAAUGUUUUUUCUCUAAUAAUCACAUUUGUUUAAAAAAAUUAAUUAAAAAAAGAAAUAAAUAUAACUCGCACGCCAAGUCACAGUGCUGAGUGCAAGUGGCAGACCGUGCAGCUUCAUUUCAUUUUCACUUCUUGUCAUCCUGCGCCGGAUGACAACUAAAUGAGGAUUCAUGUUUUCUUCCCUCGUUAGCUUCCCUCGUUAGUAGAAAACGAUGUAUAAAACAGAGUCACACAUAUAUGUACAGGCUAUGUUGUAAGCAGCACAAAGCAAAUGCUGAAAGGUGUGGUUGGAAUUUUUAAGAGAAUAUUAUAAAUAUUGUAAUAUAUCAUUUUAUUUUAUCGGCAUGCAUUUUUUGUAAAUACAACAAAAAAUUACAAAAUUAAAUAUAAUGGCUUCAGGCUGAUGCCAUUGUCACAAAAUGUUAUUUUGGAUCAUGGAUACUUUUUCAUUCGUUAACAUCCCAAUUCUAGAAACCGAAUGGCAAAUUGUAAAGACGACAAAUUUUAAAAACCCACUGUUCUCUGGUUCUCUGUGCAAUAAAUCCAUUUAAGACCAAAUCUGUUCAGAAUUAGAUUUUUCGCGCUAAUUUGCAGAGAUCAGAAACUGGCAAACAAAAGAGUAGGCGGCAAAAGAAAAAUAGUGCAAUUAGAAAGCAGCAGCAUAUCGUGGAUGCAUUUUGUUUUCAUUUUUGUUUUGCAGCAAGAUCCGUGAUGUUGUCCAGUGUCAAUUCCAGGGCUUAUGGGCUCGGAGUAAUUGUCUGUUCAUACCUAAACUGCUCUGAAUGGAAUCAAUAGAAUGGGGGUGAUAAGAGCAAAGAACCAAGCCACAUCCUGGUUUUCAUUUUCUGCCACACAGAUGUGAACUGUAAUUUUAAAAUCUUAGUAGUAAACUUGACUAGUAAUGUGUUAGUGAACUGCAUGGUGGAUG